AUGACUGGUAGAUUUUUGGAACUAUCUGAACCCAGGGGGGCUGGAGUCUUUAGAACAACUAAGGUGAAAGAGUGUUCAGUUUCUUCCUUUUACACAAAGACAUUCAUAAGAAAAACAGUCUCAUUCACCUCUUCAGGUCUCCAAACUGGCUGUGUUGCACUUCUCCAAGCGGGUUUUUCAAGCCUUCUCGUUUUGCUACUAAAAGAAGUUAGAUUUGAACGAACAUUCCAAAUACUAUCAGCUGUAUUUCUUGUUAUCUGUCUGGCUGGUGGCUUGACAUUUUGCCCAACUUCAUAUGAAGUAGAUAAAGAUGAGCCUGAAAAGGAAACAACGAAUUUCCGAAUAUAUAUUAAGUUACUGAAGAACAAGAAGAUCUGCAUCUUUCUUGUGGCUAACUUCAUAGUGUCGUUCGCGUAUGGUGUGUCUAGCAUUCACCAGGUGCAACUUGCUAUAGAGAAAGGUGUCCAAGUGAGCACAGCCAAGCUGUUUCCCGUUUUUAGUUCUAUUUCUUGUGGCUUAGGCCGCAUCUGCUGCGGGUUUCUACUUGACCUGAAAGUUCAGAAGAAAAUCGCAUUUUACCAGCUUGUGAUGUUUUUAACUGGUUUAACCUGCUUUCUGGGACUAUUUGCGACAACUGAAGUACACCUAAUCGCAUAUAUCUGGAUAUACUCCGCUCUUGAUGGCAUGGUACAAACAUGCUGCACACCUUGCCUGCGGACUAUAACGGGUUUAACAUUUUUAGGAGAAGCGUAUUCCAUGGUACUGACUGUAGACGCCGUGUCUCUCUUGCUAGGGCCACCUCUUGUAGGGUUAGUGGUCGAGAAAACAAGAAGUUACAAUGCAUUCUUUUACAUGUCUGGGGCACCAUACAUAGCUGCUUUUAUAGAACUCUUCCUUAUUCGAUUUGUUGUAUCACUGUCACAAGAUGAGACAAGCAGUGACAAGAAAGAGAGAGAAAACGAAGAGCAGUUAUUAUAAAGGUCGGAUCAAAUCAAGUCAAUUUUUAGUUAGAUGUUAAUGGGUAGAAAUAUGAUAGGGAUUUUUAUUUGUACAGAAUAAUCUACCAGCAUAAUAACACUACUGGUGCCUUAAAAAUCUUGUUACAGAGAAGGAAAAUGUAUUUUGUUUUAAUACGAUUAAAAUGGAAAGAGGUACGCCAGUAAUUACUUCCAAAUGAAAGCAUCAUUUAAAACCCAUUAAUACUUCUAUAUUGUUACCUUUGUAAUUUGAUGUUUUGUCAAAAUUUUCUACAAAAAGUGAGUCUUUUACAGUUAUUGAAAUUAGCAUAUAUUUAAUUGUAAUUUUGAAUUAUUAGUUAUGGUUAUGUGUUAAAUAUUUUUAUCAUUUUUAUUUUGGCUCGUUUUUUCCGUUAAUUCCUUCUCUCGUCGCAAAUAUUAAUGUUUAGCUCCCCAAAGUUUACCGUCAACUGCCCCAUUAAUGGAAAUCUCUUUCAACUUCAACUAUCACUGCAUUUUACCUUAUAUUAUAUUAUAUUUUACCUUUUAUGUAUAUUUCACACGGCUAUAUUAGUAAAUGCUAUUUAUUCGAAUAAUUUUGCUUGGCCUUCUGAGCCUCCAA